UCGAGUCAGUUUUACAAAGGUCUCCAGGACAUCUUUUAAAGGAGAUAAUUCUCUUUGACGAUUUUUCUACUAUGAGUCAUCUAAAGGGGCAGUUAGAAGACUAUAUACGAAGAACACCAAAGGUAACUUUGAUAAGGUCUCGUCAUCGCAUUGGACUGAUAAAAGCAAGAAUAAUUGGUGCCGAAAAUGCCGUUUCUCCAGUAGUGGUCUUUCUUGACAGCCAUUGUGAAUGUACUGAAGGGUGGUUAGAACCAUUGCUAGAACGCAUAUCUCAGGACCCCACAGUAGUAGCCAGUCCUAUUGUAGACCACAUUGAAGGAAAUACAUUUGAAUAUUUACCACAGAGUCUAGACAACUUACUCAUUGGAGGAUUCAAUUGGGAGCUCAAGUUUAUAUGGAUACCAAUAUCAAAAAAUAUUUGGAAAAAUCGUACUCACCUCUCUGCCCCUGUCAAAACACCCACAAUAUCUGGAGGUCUUUACGCUAUCAAUAUGGAAUUCUUUGCCCGCCUUGGUUAUUAUGAUGACGAUUUCGAUAUUUGGGGAGCGGAGAAUUUAGAGUUAUCAUUCAAAGCGUGGAUGUGUGGUGGCUCGUUAGAAAUUGUGCCAUGUUCACGUGUGGGGCAUGUUUUUAGAAAAAAGUUUCCUUAUAGAAACAAAAGAGGAUCCUUUAAGAAAAAUUCUGUAAGAGUAGCUAAGGUGUGGCUAGAUGAUUAUGCCAAAUACUUUUAUCAAAGGAUCGGAUAUGUAAAAGGCUAUUUUGGCGAUGUAACGAAGCGGAAAGAAUUGCGAGAAGAAUUGAAAUGUAAAUCUUUUGAAUGGUACUUGCAUAAUGUAUAUCCCGAAAUGAAAUUGCCUGAUGAAAACGUAGCUUACGGCCAGAAUAAACAUAUCAAACAUUCGCAAACGCAAAAAUGUCUGACAGUGUUAAGCAGUAGUAGUGGUCCACGGGUUGUAUUGGAACACUGUAUAGAUUCUGUGUCACAGCAAUGGGUCAUGGACAACUUUAACGUAACUAGACUAAUACCUGAGCUACAGAACCAAACCAUCGUGCUACGGUAAGAAACAAAGAAAGUGAUUGAAACCAA